AGCUGCCAGCCGACGCGAGAGACGCACCGCGACUCUGCUUGUAUUACGUUGUCGUUCUCCGGUCUCUUUAGCGCGUAGAGAGUUGUGUUUUCCGUGUGUUUAAUAUUUAUUAGAAAACUCCCCGCUCGCCGCCCCCUCCGACCACCCGCCACCCACACACACCCCCCACCCUCCCCCCUCGCCACCCCGGCAGCCACUGUUCUCAAUCGACGCUCGUAUGUCCGUAUAUCGGUGUAUUUAUCAUUUAUUUGGUAUUACUAUUUGAUAUUGAUAUUGAUAUUGUUGUUGUAACCUCCCGUGCCGCCCUCGCCACCCCCUUUUUACACCCCCCCGCUUCUCCUUCCUACGCUGCAACGUUGACGCGAUGACGAUACUUGACGGUUGAGCGGAUUGGUCAAUUAACCUGUUCACGUACGGAAACUAGUGUGUGAUUCUUUGAUAAUACGGAGGAAUAGACGCAAGGAUAGAAAGAAGAAGAAAGGAAAUUGAUGUGAGAGUGAGUUUGGUGAGUGAAAUGCGGACGAUUGACCAAACGACGCAAACGGUCGGUGCAUGUAUUUAUGAUAUAUAAAUUGGAAACGUGGGUAAAAUCGUCGUAGUUUUCUUCGUUUGUUCAAAGUGUGAGAUCCGGAUAAGAGUAUCGUCAAAGUGUGUUUUUGUGGAAACUAACGACAGCAGCUCUCAGAGUCUGUCUGUCUUCUGUGUUUUUAAACGAAGAUCCUGAAAUCGUUAUUGAUAAAUAACAAUUAACAGCAACGGACAGUUCACACGUAUCGGCGAGGAAAUAAAUAAUAUAUGAAAUAAAGAAAGAAAAAGAAGUAAACAAGUGAAGUGAAAUAAAGAAGGAGCCUUCGCUCGUCUUUGUUCCUCGUUUCGUUCGAGGCGAGGUAAAUAAAUAGUUUUUGCCGCAGCCGCGCGUCGCGUGCCGAUCUUGGUUCGCCGUGUUUUCGGUCUCGCUGUGUUGUCGUUGUUGUUAUCACCGUCAAUUCGUACACGUGACAGCGCGAGGAACCUCGGGAGAGAACGAAGCUGCGAAUCGAAGUGAUACAUAAUCGUUUCUCACGGCGAAUAUCCGCCAGAAGGAGAAGGAAAUUAAAAAGAAAAAUAUAACGAUAAGGAAGAGGGAAAAGUAAAGCAGCAGCGGCGGAAGCGGCGAGGAAGAAACGCGCGUUUUGCACCGUCUUUUACUACCCCCUCCUAGGGAUGUUUCCGUACACAACUUUCCCGGCCGUAGGGAGGCAGGUUACAUUUCUGCGGAUCGAAAGGCGUCGUAAGCGUCGUAAGAUGCCGCUGGACCGCGACGGGAAUCAAAAACUGGACCAUCGCUGACAGUCCUUACCUCCAACUCCCCCUCCAGCGCCGGCAUGGAAGCCAACGGUGCGAUUGAGCACGAUUUUCACAAUGCCCUGGUACCCAUAAACGGCAGCCAUUCGGGAAGCUCGGGAAGAAGUACGCCGAACGGCGGCGAUCCAGCACCCGGCAAACUAUUCGUCGGGGGUUUGUCGUGGCAAACGAGCAGCGAGAAGCUCAGAGAAUACUUCGGCAUGUUCGGCACUGUCACGGACGUGCUAAUCAUGAAGGAUCCCGUUACACAGAGGAGUCGAGGUUUCGGUUUCAUAACAUUCGCUGAGCCCGGCAGCGUCGACAAGGUGUUGAAGUGCCCGAUCCACACGCUCGACGGCAAGAAGAUCGACCCGAAACACGCGACGCCGAAGAACCGUGCCAAGCAGGCGAAUCGCACGAAGAAGAUAUUCGUCGGAGGAGUCAGCCAGGACACGAGCAGCGACGAGGUGAAGGCCUACUUCAACCAGUUCGGUAAGGUCGAGGAGACGGUGAUGCUGAUGGACCAGCAGACGAAGCGGCACAGGGGCUUCGGCUUCGUCACCUUCGAGAACGAGGACGUGGUCGAUCGCGUCUGCGAGAUACACUUUCACACGAUAAAGAACAAGAAGGUCGAGUGCAAGAAGGCCCAGCCCAAGGAGGCGGUCCAGCCCGGGGCCCUGGCCCUCGGGAAACGCGUCGUCCUCGGCGCCCUCGGGGUCCGACUGGCACCCCAGCAGCCGCACCCCGUGGCGUCCCAGAUAGUCGCGGCCCAGGCCCAGGCCCAAGUUCAGGCCGCUGCGGCGGCCGCGGCCGCGGCCCAAGUUCAGAACGCGGUAGCCGGAUACGGAAAGCUUUUCGGCAGCUAUCCAGCGCUUUCCGCCUACAGAUACGCCCCCUACCCGAUACCGGGGGCCAUGGCCACCGCACCGCCACCGGCACCCGCACCCCAGGCGACACCGACGGCACCUGCGGCCCCAGGGAACCCCUACCAGGGAUACUCACUGACAAACGUCGACAUGUCCAGUUUCCAGGGAGUUGACUGGGGAUCGAUGUACGGCAUGGGGAUGUACGUCUAAGGGACAACGCGAGGGACGCGUUCAAACUACGCCGACCACUGUCGAGGUUCUUCUUACCGACCUUGUAGGGGAUGCGGGGAUAUUUGUUGUUGAUAAUUAACAACGAUGGAAACCCCCUGUGUAACUUCUUUACCUUGCCGAUAUUUUCACCUUGCGAAAUGGUAACCGAGUCGUUCUCUCUCUCUCUUUCUCUAUCUCUCCCCCCCUCCUUUUCUCUCUCUCUCUCUCUCUCUCUCUCUCUCUCUCUCUCUAUUUCUCUCUUACACAAUUUUUUCUUCUUUCUUCGGUUCAUUCGAUUUACGAUGAGGUAAUAUUUUCAACGAGGUUAAGUUCACGGUGAUUUGACCGGAUCUUUUACCGUAUGAAUACAUGGAACAAUGAGAUCUGGUGUGAUCCGCUUCCUCCAUGUACAGUACAACGUAAACGUUGCAGAAAUUUAUGAUUCAAGCUUUUCAUAGACAUUCCUAUAACCAGCACCAACACCACCA